GCAGCCAAGGAGCCAUCAUUCUAUUGAGCAGUGCCGGCAGCUUUGGAGCUGUCGCAGACGUGAAGACGCCUCCCGAGGAGGUGCCUCUGUGGGAGAUGCCGGAGUUGCUGUGUUCCAAGUUGGUUCUUGGAAGCUUGCCGCUCGCUGACGGCGAGGUGGUGGUGGUCCGGAGUGUCCGGCGCUGGAACUCUUGCAUGACGGAGGGGCCACUUCUGCAUCUAGCAGAGGACCGGCCUCCGGGGACCCUGCUGGACAUUGCAGUUAUGGACAUCCAACGCCACAUCGACGACAGGCGCUUUGCCAUUGAGUCGUUGCGGCACGACUCGGCCAAGUGGUCCAGCUGCUUCAGGCACUUGGCAAAGGACAUCGUUGCGGUCAGCCACCCCCCGCUCAUCGGUGUGGACAGGCAUUGGUCUUACGCCAUGCAGUUGCUGGCUGCAGGACAUUGCCAAGUCAGCGGCGGUGUCACCAAGCCGAAGCUGCGCUACGCACUCAGCACGGAGGGCUAUGCGACUGCGGCUGCUUCCACAGAACUGUCUCCCGCACAGGUGAAAGAAGCCAAGCACCUAGAGGCGCUUACGGGUCGCAUGGUGAGUUGGACACCUCGUCACCUUAUUCGUCUUCUGGCCUUGUUUCCUUUUGCUCGCGCCGGCGAUGCAAAGUUUCAUGCUUUCUGGACGCAGAGACUGCGAGACAAGACACUCGGAAAUGGUGGGCGUCCGCAAAGAUCCGAAGUGGCUGCUGUCCGCUCGAGACAAGCCGAACUUUGGCCUCCCGAGCCCGUCCGCGAGCCAUCACCGGAGCCCACUCCGAAGGCGAAGGCAGACGAUCCUCAAGCUCCAGAGCCUUCAGGGAUGCAAUCGCAGCCGUCUGCCAUUGGCCAAACAGAACCUGCGCCUGCGCCCUCGGCCUCCAAGUCCGACUGGAAGAAGGAUAAGAAGCAGUGGAAGGAGUGGAAGGAUUGGAAAGGGAGCGAGAGGCGCGAGAAAGAGCCGAAAAAGGACAAGGAAGACAAGCGCAAACGGGAUGCUUCUUGGGAGAGGAAGGCAGAGAAGAAGGCAAGCCGCAAGUCCCCGAAGCGGAGGAGCAGAAGUAGAAGCCGCAGUCGAAGACGGAGGUCACGGUCUCGACGGAAGCGGAAUGCAUCGCGCGAGAAGCGCCGUUGA